UGUCUCCUUACUUUCUUAUGAACAAAACAUUUCUCAGUUAUCUGACAAUGGCAAAUGUAAUUUCUUAUACACGUACAUAGCUAUGUAUAUAUUUUGCGAUAACAUGGUUGACAUAUUGAUUUAUUCCAUAGUCAAGUAAUCGUUAGAGAACUGGCUUAAUUCAGUAUCAUUGUACCUUUUUGGUAAGCAUUUGACAUACACAGUAGUAUUGUGACAAUACCACCUAUUAAAUUCACAUAGACUCACCAUAGGUGCGCAGCUUCCGACUUCCGGAAGUCGGAAGCAGCUUCCGGACGUCGGAAGCAGCGAUUGUUAGGCGGAAGCGGAGGCGCUGGAAGUCGGAAGCACAAACUUUGGUCGGAAGCGGAAGCACUGGAAGCUAGAAGCGAAAAUUUUGGUCGGAAGCUGAGGUACUGGAAGCUGGAAGCACGAAAUUUUGGUCGGAAGCGGACGCCGGAGGCUCUCGGAAGCAAUGUUGUAGGGCCUAUCGGAAGCAGCUUCCGGACAUCGGAAGCGCGAUUUUUGGUCGGAAGCUGAAGCACUGGAAGCUGGAAGCACGAAAUUUUGGUCGGAAGCGGACGCCGGAGGCUCUCGGAAGCAAUGUUGUAGGGCCUAUCGGAAGCAGCUUCCGGACGUCGGAAGCGCGAUUUUUGGUCGGAAGCUGAAGCACUGGAAGCUGGAAGCGAAAAUUUUGGUCGGAGGCGGAAGCACUGGAAGCUGGAAGCACACAACUUUGGUCGGAAGCGGACGCCGGAGGCGGAAGCUGUUGGAAGCUGCGCACCUAUGAGACUCACACAGUCAUACACACACGCUUGCCUAAGGUUUGAUAAAAGUUGUGAACAUACACAUGUACCUACGUAUUAUUCCAUUUGACUAAUUGGAUAGCUCAUAAAAAAUAAGGAAACUUAUAAAUAUGCAUCGGAGGGAUUGAAUGUCAGACUGUAUCCAUACGAAAAUAAAUAUAUUCUUGCGUUGCCUUUAGCCCUGGCGACCAGAUGCCGAGCCCACAAAUCGAUUUCCAAGUAAUCGUGUGGUAAAAAUUUCUUGUAAAUGUAAAUCCAACAAGUUAGUUAAAUUUGUCAACCCUCAGCCCAAUAAGCUCACUUUAAGUUAAUUAGUACAAUUUAUGCAAGAAUUUCGUAUCAAUUAUUACCCAAACUAUCCAUUUCGGUCGACUUUCAUAUGUAAUUUGGCCAAUUAAUAUUCCCACAAACAUCUGCAAACCGGUUUCAUUGUUCCCUUAUAAAACUGGACCUCAACCCAAUUAAUCUGUUACUUAAUCCGACUUCAUUUUCUCUCUCACUCAACAAAAUAAAAUUAAUCAUGUACCAUCCCUUCAAUAACUCGGUCUGGGUGAUUUUCUUUUUUUGCAAUAUCAUAGCCCAAGUAAUUUCGCAUAGUGAUUCCGUUGCAGAAAUGGAUUCAAUUGAGCCCCAAGCCGGGGUUUCGGUGGCGGAUGAUUACGGACCAUAUGCAUGUAAAGGGAUGGAGAAUAAUUCCGGUGGAGGAAGUGGGCCGCGACCAUUCAAAGUUGUGUGUCGAAAUAAGAAGGAAAACGCCUCCAUGACAUGCAAUUUUAACGGAAAUCCACACCCAUGCUCGACCUACAAUAAGAAUCAAGCAAAGUUUUACAAACAGCUGCUUGACAAGGUGGGUGGAUUCGUGCAAAAUAACAAGCAGUGCGGUCCCCCAACCAUGGAGGCCAAGAUUUGCCCGGACAUCAUGUACAAAAUCGUUCGAUAAAUUGGUCAUUUCUCAGUUAAAGUAUGGCUUAUUAUCAAGUAAGGAAGCUUCAUUAUCUUUAACAUCUUUUGGACUACUGAUUUUUAAAUCAAAUUUCGCUAAUGACAACUGAAAGCUUAAACAUCCUUAUUCAAAAAUAUUUACAUAUGUACAUACAUAAUUUAUAUGCAUACUUAUACGUAAAAUGUGCGUGAAAUCAAUAUAUGAAAAACGUUGCAAAUGACCAGUCUCUUUUUGUUUACACGAAAGAAAAUAUAAUCAAAACUACA